AUGGAGCUCGAAUGGGACGCGCUUAUCGCUCCCAUGCCCGGUUUACGGCGCCUCGACUUGUCUGAGAUGCCACUAAGCAGUCCCCAUACGCAGAAGGUGGUGGAGGCUGCGACGAAGUACUGUAGAGAGCUGGAAGCACUGGUACUGCCGGGCAAAGAGCACCACAGUAUGCAUCCAGGUGCAGAGGUUGAUGAACUUUUGAGUGCGGUGUAUAAGGGACUUGAGAAUUGGAGACCAACGGGUCAUCGCACGGGGCUGAGACAGUUGAAGGUCCCGACGAUCAAUGAGGAGGAUAGAUUCCAGUCGAGCAGAGAAUUUAUUAACCAUGUCGUAAAGUACUGUCCAAACGUGGAAUACUUGGAUGGAUACAAGCAGUCGCUGUGUGAGAUGGACCGCAUGACUUGUCAAGACAUGUGGAUGCUGAAUUUGGACGACUGGACGAAGUUUAACGCUACAUGCACGAACAUCCGAGAGUUCAAUUGGGUGGUGGCUCCGUUUGCUGACCCCUUCUUUAAGGUGUUUGGCGAGCAUGUCAAGCCGAAACUGUCGAAUGAGAAAACCUUAUACUUAGACGCAUUGGUGCCAUGGGUGGCGUCAAUCAUCAAGACUUCGGGAAAUCGGUCAAAGAGCUCACGCAUAUGUCUACUCUGCAAUGUAAUGCAAGUUGCGACCGUCUACGACAUGUAA